AUGAAACCUGAGCAUCUCUUCAAUCAUCCAACUCUAACAUUAUUAGGAAAAUGCAAAACUCUAACCACGCUGAAAAAAAUUCAUGCUCAAAUGAUCACAACAGGUCUAAUACUUCAUACAUUCCCUCUCAGUAAAAUCCUUCUCUAUUCAUCAACUCUUUCAUUAACUUACUCUCUCACAAUCUUCAGCCAAAUAUCUAACCCAUCAAUCUUCUUAUUCAAUACUCUUAUAUCUUCAUUUGCUUCCAAUAACAAUCCCCAAAUUGCUUUCUCUCUAUACUCUCAAAUUCUCACUCAUAAAACUCUUAAGCCAAAUAAUUUCACUUACCCGUCUCUGUUUAAAGCUUGUGGUUCUCAUCCAUCAUGGCUUCAUCAUGGUAGAGCUCUUCAUACUCAUGUCUUGAAAUUUCUUGAUCCCAGUACAGUUGAUCAUUUUGUUCAAGCUUCUUUAGUUAACUUUUACUCUAAAUUUGGUAAUUUGGGUUUGUCUAGAUUUUUGUUUAAUCAAAUUAAGAAACCAGAUUUAGCUACUUGGAAUUCUAUCUUAGCUGCUUAUGCUAAUCCAACAACUACAUCAACUACUACAACUUCUGUUGAUGAACAGGAUACGACUGGUUUGGCAAUUGAAGUUUUGUGUUUGUUCAAUGAAAUGUUGUUAGUACAGUGUAGGCCUAAUGAAGUCACAUUGGUUGCUGUAAUUACUGCUUGUGCUAAGUUGGGAGCUUUUACUCAAGGUUCAUGGGCUUAUUCUUACAUAUUGAGGAACAAUCUUAAGUUAAAUCGUUUUGUUAUUACCUCAUUGAUUGAUAUGUAUGCGAAAUGUGGGUGUCUUGAUUAUGCGAAGCAACUGUUCGAUCAAAUUCCUGAAAAGGACGUAUUGUGUUACAAUGUGAUGAUCCGGGGUUUCGCUGUGCAUGGAUAUGGUCACCAAGCACUUAGCCUGUUCAAUAAAAUGAAAGUUGACAAGGUACAACCGGAUGAUGUAACAUUUGUAGUUGCUCUGUGUGCUUGUGCACAUGUUGGAUUGGUUGAGGAUGGUUAUAGUUGUUUUAACUCCAUGAAAGAUGUUUAUGGGAUUGAACCAAAGCUUGAGCAUUAUGCGUGCCUAGUGGACCUCUUGGCUCGUGGUGGGCGUCUUGACGAGGCUCACAGAACGAUUUCGACCAUGCCAAUGAAGCCUAAUGCAGUUCUGUGGAGGUCUUUACUAGGAGCAUCAAGGGUUCAUGAAAAUUUGGGGUUAGGGGAACUGGCACUGAGGAACUUGAUAGAAUUAGAACCAAGAACUAGUGGGAAUUAUGUACUCUUAUCAAAUAUGUAUGCAAAGACAAAUAGAUGGGAUAGUGUAAAGGAGGUGAGAAAGGCGAUGAAAAAUUUGGGUGUAAGUAAAUUGCCUGGUUCUAGUUUGAUUGAGAUUGAUGGAGUCUUACAUGAGUUUUUGAUGGGAGAUAAGACACACCCAAAUUCAAAAGAAAUUUAUGUGAAGCUUGAAGAGAUUAGUAAGAGAUUAAAUGAAUAUGGGCAUAAAUCAAUUAUAAAUGAAGUCCUGUUUGACAUUGAAGAAGAGGAGAAAGAAGAUGCUCUUAGUUAUCAUAGUGAAAGGCUUACGAUUGCUUUUGCACUUAUACAGGCACCUAGUAAUUCAAGUGUGCCGAUUAGAAUUAUAAAGAAUCUUCGGGUUUGUAGCGAUUGUCAUGAAAGUACUAAGCUUAUAUCGAAAAUAUAUGGGAGGGAGAUAAUUGUUAGAGACAGAAAUCGGUUUCACCAUUUUAAAGACGGGACUUGUUCUUGCUUGGAUUACUGGUGAAACUAGUUUAUCUUAGUGAUGUUGUAUAUUUGCUUAAGUAGGUUGUUUGCAGACAACAGUGAUCUGCAUGAGUACUGCGACGAAGAUGAAACUGGGAGGCCGUUAAACUGGUACUGUUGAUAAAAAUACAGAAAUGAUGAAAUCUCUCAGGUUUCUGAUGCAUUAAAAGUCCAGCUCCAUGGAGGUGUUAAUAAUGGUGGAAAAAAUAUAGAAUGACUGGAAAGUUCUCGUGCAAGAGAGCUAUGUACAGCAAGUAAAACUCCCUGUCACUUCGUGGGCAGUUUCAUGAUCUUGCAGAACUUCUCCGGAUUGGAGGAAAGUGCAGA